GCUGUUUGUGGGUGCUCAAUUCUUCUUCCGGUUUUGUUUCGACGAAGACUACAAUUAUUCCGUGGGGCGAAAUCAUGUUUUACCCGAACAUUCACACUUGUGCGGGGAAAACUUUAACAGUUACAGCGUGUAGUUUUAGCGUCUUGUCGUCGUCUUGUUGAAAUGCGGUUUCGGUAAACCGUCGUGCGUCGGACUUCGAGCGGUGCCGUUCGUGUCACCGGUGUGACCGUCGAAACGCCGGCGUGUUGCGUCCCGUCAUGAUGUCGUGGUGGCCGAGGGCAUGUCAGCGGUGUUCCCUGACCGGCGUGGUGACCCGGAGAGGCCCCCGGUGCCCCAGCAACGGGCGGGGCGAGCUCCAGUUCGGCGCCGCCGUCAGGGGCUGCUCCUCCUCCUCGUCGCCCUCGCUUCAGGGGGAGGUGAGGGUCCGGUUCGCGCCCAGCCCGACAGGCUUCUUACACCUCGGAGGCCUCCGAACUGCCCUCUACAAUUACAUCUUUGCAAAGAAGUAUGGAGGCGCGUUCGUCCUGCGACUGGAGGACACUGAUCAGAGCAGACUGGUGCCGGGAGCAGCAGCGUCCAUAGAGGACAUGCUGGAGUGGGCCGGUGUACCUCCAGACGAGAGUCCCCGUAGAGGCGGGCCGGUGGGUCCAUAUCUGCAGUCUCAGAGACUAGACCUGUACAGUCAGACCGCCCAGCAGCUUGUGGAGAGUGGUCACGCCUACUACUGUUUCUGCAGCCCGCAGAGACUGGAACUGCUCAAAAAAGAGGCUUUGAGGGCCGGGCAGACUCCUCGGUACGACAACAGGUGUCGUCACCUUCGGGCCGACCAGGUCCAGGAGAAGCUGGCCAAGGGAGCGCCACAUGUGAUCAGGUUUCGUCUGGAAGCGGGCAUCGAGCCUUUUCAGGAUAUGAUCUUUGGAUGGAAUCGUCAUGAGGUGGCCCAGGUGGAGGGGGACCCCGUGGUGAUCAAAGCAGAUGGGUUUCCCACCUAUCACCUCGCUAACAUAGUGGAUGAUCAUUACAUGAAGAUCAGCCAUGUUCUGCGGGGGUCUGAGUGGCUCAUCUCCACCUCCAAACAUCUCCUCAUGUAUCAAGCUCUUGGGUGGAAACCACCCACCUUUGGACAUCUGCCACUUCUGAUGAACAAAGAUGGUAGUAAACUGUCCAAGAGGCAGGGGGAUAUAUUCAUCCAGAGCUUCCAGAGAGCCGGGAUCCUGCCGGAGGCUCUGCUGGAUAUCACCACCAACUGUGGAUCUGGAUUCAACACCAAUCGAAUGGGAAGGAGGAUAGAUGAGCUGAUCUCUGAGUUUAAUCCUUCAAAGAUCACAACUCAUUCGGCUUUGUUAGACCUGGAAAAACUACCAGAGUUCAACAGAAUCCACCUGGAGCAGCGUAUUGGAGACGAGGAGCAGUGCCUCUUGCUGAUAAAAGAUCUACAGGUACAAAUCCAGCAGGCCUACACAGCAGAGAUCCAGGAUGAAGAAGUCCUACACGAGGAUUAUAUCAGGCGGGUGCUGCAUCUUCGUAAGGGUCACAUAUCCUCCCUUAAGGAGCUGGUAAGUCCUGGUUAUUCUUACCUGUGGGUGCGUCCUUCCUUCUCCAGCCAGCAAGUGGCAGCACUCACUUCAGAAGCUCCGCGCAUUGCCUCAUUAGUGCUGAGAUUAAUAGAAGAGCGAGGUGAGGAGUUGGCAUUGGAUCAGCUGAGUAAAGAUCUGAAGACUUUGGCUAAACAGACCAAAGCUACAAAGUACAGAGAAGUGAUGAAGCUUUUGCGUCUGGCUCUCAGCGGUCUGCAGCAAGGUCCCAGUGUAGCCGAGAUGAUGGUGUCUUUGGGGCCUGCAGAGAUCAGCCAUCGAUUCCGGAAACUUCUGCCUCUUUCAGAGACUAGUUAAAGACUGGGCAACCUGUCACCUCAUGGACUGAUGUCAACUUGAAGACAAGAACUGCUGUUAAGGACGUGGCCUUGUAUGUUGAGAGUUAAAUAUAUGACCUCACACUGACUCUUCCGAAAGCUAACCGGGACACAUUUAAAAUGAACUGCACCCACUGGUAUGAGUGAAAUAAUACUUGAAUUAUUACAAAUAUUUUAUUAAAAAAAGUUGAAAACUGAUUUGACGCACAUGGUCUGUUAGUUUUAUUCGGUCCUGUGCGACUUUACAGGACCAGGUGACACUAUGCACCGAAGGAUGGGAAGUACCUUGGUAUUUUUAUGCAAAUUUUUAUCUGCAUCACUUCAGAAAAACAGUUUUAACGAACUCCAGUUUAGAGAUGUAUUGCGCAGUCACAAGGGAAAACACUUCCAAUUUAAAAAUGAAAGUCAUAUAAAUGCCUGUCAUGCAACAAAAAAAGGGACACAAAAAAAACUACAAAAUAGCAGUGGGUGCUUUUGAAAAACAGAAAUCGCAAGUCAUGAAUUAUUUUAAUUACUUUUGACUCUCUCACGCAACAUAUAUUUAAUAUUAAAUUACUGCUCAGCUGUUUCACUUUAAUGUCAUAGCAUACUGCAUUGAAGAUUGAAAGCUGUAUUCUGUUGAAUUUUUAUAAAUAAUAUCAAAUAAUUAUGUCUUUUUAAAACAACAGCUAUAGUUAGACUCAAGUAUUUUAAAUGUUAAAUUCUUUAAAUCAAAUCUUUGUGUUGGAUUCGAUACUGUUUGGAACCGAUAAGACCACUACCAUGGACUCUGGGGUAAACAUUUACUCAACUACUGCACUGAAGUACAGUUUUGAGGUAGAUUAUUUAACCUUUAUGCCACUUUUAUUUUACUUUUAUCUCAAAUAUUUUUCUUUUUUACUCCACUGCAUUUAUUUGACAGGUGUAGUUAGCUGCUAUACAAUGAGUUGAUAAAUUAUGUUUAAUUAACUGCCCGAGAGUAUCAAAAAUAAUCUCUACCUUGAGCUGCUCCAACAGUAAAGUACUACUUACACAUAAAUGCAUCAGAAUGAACAAUUCAGUAAUAUAAUGUAUAAUCAUGUAACACACAGGGGCCACUUUUACUGUUUAAUUACAUUUUGCUGAUGACAUUUAUGUACUUGAGUAAGAUUUUGUAUGCAGGACAUUGACUUGUAAUGGAAUAUUUUUUAAUUGAUGUAUAGCUACUUUUACAUUAGUAAAGGUCUGGGAUACUUCAUUCACCACAGAUUUUAUUCAGUAUUCAGUUAAACAGUAUACUUUAAGCCUGCUACACACAACAAACUGGGGGCCUGGGGGUUAAAGGCACCGUCCAUAAACCGAAAUAUCCCUGGUUUGAGUCCAGUUGGGCUGUACUUUGUUGAUUCUCUUGUUUCCCUUCUUUCGUGUCAUCUACCUACUGUCAAUAAAGGCAUAAAAUAUCCCUAGAGUACUGGAAAAAGGAAAACACACUUAGGACUUUAGCCAGCUCGCAGUGGUGGAGGAAGUACUCAGACCCUUUACUUAAUAGCAGAAACACCAAACUGUAGAAAUACUCCUUACAAGUAAGAGUCCUGCCUUUGAAAUUUUACUUAAAGUA